CGAUGUGCUGCUUUGGUACCGUUCGGUUGCAGAUUCUCGUCGUCGCUCGCUGUCGGAUGCGCUUAGUGCUGUGCUUUUGUGAUAGUGUGCGUAGUUUUCCUCCCUCGCCCAGUAAUUGUUGAAUGGGCUAAGCAGAAAGGGAGGCGGCCGGCCGUAGUUGCGCUGAUCUCACUUCUACAGCACCCCACUCGUGCGGCGUGAUAUAUGAGGGUGUGUGUAUGUUCGAAGUGUGCGUAAGUUUGUGCAACCAAAAUGUGUGUAAAGAAUGAAACAGUAAAGUUUGAGUCAAAAUAAGAAAAAGAAAUACGCUCAAGGGGUGGUAAAAAACUCAAUAAAUUUCGAUAUCGUUCUUUCAAUGGUCCCGUCGCAUUGAUGGGUUGAUAAGGUGGAUUGGCGACCUAACCCGUGCUCCAUAAAAAUCGCGAGAGAAAAAUUGGCGAAAAAAUCAUUUAAGAUGACGGUGUGGAAAAGUGUUGGCGAUUCGAAAUUGCUUGCUAUCGCUAAGGCGAACUACUAUGAGUCCGAUAAAGUUCACAGAUUGGAGCUGGACGUGGGUGACACGGUGGUCAUUCUACAGGAAGCUGCCAGUUGGUACUACGGAUAUAAUAAAAGCUUUCCACACAUCCGUGGUAUUUUCCCCAAGUGUUACGUCCAUACCGUUGAUGCCCGUUCUGUUAAAGGUGGAUCCAGUAGCAACGAGCAGCUGGUGAUUAUACGAAGUGAGAUUGUGGAAGAGAUCACAACCGUUCUGAAAGAGUGGCAGCACCUGUAUCGGCGCUUUUACCUGCAAAGUCAUCCUGAUUUCAAAGCGAUUCGGCUGAAAAUGCUGGAACUGAUACGGCUAAGGUCUCAGUUAUUGUCCGGUAAUUUGCCGGUCGACGAGAUGAAGGACAUUAAGCUGAAGGCUACUUCGGAGAUCGACACGGGGAAUAAGAUUUUACGGCUGGACAUGGUAGUCCGGGACGAUAGUGGCAAUAUACUGAACAUUGAGCGAACGUCGACGACUCAGUUGUACGAACAUCAUCUGAAUGCGGUCGAUCGGAUCAAGCGGGCGAGUACUUCAACUAACAAAAAUCGUAUAGUAGAAUCGAUGAAUCGACACUCGCACAACUUGUUGCUCUCCGUGCACAAUUUUGUGUGUCGUUUAUGUGAGGAUACAGAGAUCCUUUUUACUUUGUACGAUGGUGACGACAUGAAGGCAAUCACAGAGAAUUAUGUGGUCAAGUGGAGUCGCCAGGGCGUGGCGGCCGAUUUGGAUCAGUUCAAUAACAUCAAAGUGUUGUUCACCGAUUUGAGCGGAAAUGAUCUGAGUCGAAACCGUAUCUUCCUGGUUGCCUAUGUUGUACGCGUUGGCGCAAUGGAUGGAAAGGACACUGAUUCGAGGCGAAGCAGUAUGGCCAAUUCGGUUGGUAAUUCCAGUGGUGGCAAGGCUAAGGGGCAAUUGGUGAACCAGAUAAGUGUCCCCGGUAGUCCUGGGAUGGGCGGAUCUGUGGCGGUGACUGGCAGCGCAGCACAUGAGCAGCAGAUGAGAAGGCCGUUUGGUGUGGCUACAUUGGAUUUGAAACCGAUAAUCAAACGAUCGGAAGAUUUCAAAAGUGAUACUCAGUUGAAGAUGCCGUUCAUCGCGUGCGAGAAGGAAUCGCUAGAGAGCACAUUGCGGAAACUGAUCACUAACAAGGAUUUGGGCGAUAAAAGUGACUCUGCAAUCUGGAUCAGUGUAGAUAUUCUUCACGGUGAUAUAAAACAGGUGAAGGAGGAGUAUCCGCAUUUGGUUUUAGGUAAUGUGGCAUUUGCCCGCAAGAUGGGUUUUCCGGAAGUGAUCUUUCCAGGAGAUGUACGUAAUGACCUUUAUCUUACGCUAGUCGGUGGUGAAUUCUCUAAAGGUUCGAAAAGUAGUGAUAAAAACAUUGAAGUUACGGCUGUUGUUUGUAACAGAGAAGGGAUAGCUAUUCCCGGGGUGAUCUGCUACGGAGGAGGCAGUAGCGUUCUGAACGAAUACAAAUCGGUGAUCUAUUACCAUGAUGACAAACCCAAGUGGAAUGAAACGUUCAAAAUUGAUGUGCCAAUCGAAGAGUUUAAGCAGUGCCAUCUGAGAUUUACAUUUAAGCACCGAAGUUCCAAUGAGGUCAAGGACCGCACCGAGAAACCGUUUGGUUUGUCCUAUGUGAAACUGAUGAAUGAUGAUGGAACGACAUUGCAGCAUAAAAGGCACCAUUUGCUGGUGUACAAGAUUGAUCAUAAGAGGUUCGAUCAUGACACUCAGUAUAAUUAUUUGCAGCUACCAACAUUGGCGGAUGAGUUAGCAAAUAUCAGUGGCGGGAAACCAUCGGUUAGCGGCUUUAGUCUUGCAUCUAAAGAUUGCUUCACAAUCGAAACUAAUCUUUGUAGCACUAAGCUGACACAAAAUGUAGACAUUCUGGGCCUGUUGAAUUGGUCUUCGCGCAAAGAAAAAAUGGAAGAAUCAUUAAACGCCCUAAUGAAUGUGAAGGGUGAGGAGGUGGUAAAAUUUUUACAGGACAUUCUAGAUGCACUGUUCAACAUUCUGGUACUGAACGAUGAUCCGCCAAAAUACGACAAUCUGGUGUUUCGGUGUCUUUUACGAUUGAUAGAAAUUGUGUAUGACCUCAAAUAUCAACACUUUCAGUCGGUGCUGGAUCUGUACAUAAAUGAGAGUUUCUCGGCUACAUUGGCAUAUGAAAAACUUAUCAACGUGGUACAAACGCAUAUAAAAAAUGCGAUCAACAACGUCAGUAGUGACCGGUCCAGCUCUGUCAGUAUUUACACUGUAAACGAGAACGACGAAACACUGUUCCGAACCACAAAAUAUCUGCAGUAUAUUAUGAAAUUCAUAAUUCGAUCGCGAAUUUUGUUUUCCGACUUAAAUCAGGGCAAGGAUCGUGAGCUGUUUGAAACGAUGCUGGAAGAUUUACUGGAAUCAUUCACCGAGUUGAUCAAGUAUCAGAACGAUCUCUUGAAAUCGCAAGGAGCAUUGCUAAAAUAUCUGCACAUAAUCGCUUCUGACCUGAUGCAAGUUUACGAUCCUAUAAAACUGAGCAAACGGAUAGUGGACAUUAUCUCUAAUGUCCCCACUGGCCGAUUGAACCAAUCCAAGAUGACAUGUAUCAAAGAUGUGGUAGAUUCCAAACUGUUUAAAUUGCCCCAGUGUAGGGCCAUUCUGCUGCCAAUGUUUUGCCGGCAGAUCAAGGAUAAACUGGAGAGCAAAGAAGAGGGUGACUUUAUGUUCGACAUCCGGCAGCAGGAGAAAAAUCUGAUCAAGGCGGCCAAGGUGCUUGGGGAGAGCAAAUCACAGCUGCACACGCGUGAAACCACUGCCAAGACGAAGGUUGCUGAAUGUGUUAACAUCAUGAACAAUAUGCUGGAGUUGUUGUUUCACAGCGAAGAGGAUAUUGGUUCAACCGAAAAUGAUAUCCGCGAGAUUAUGCAGAUUUUGCUACGCACGGUAAUACAGAGCUCGAUUGCAAUGGACCGUGAUAAUCCGCUGGUCGGUAAUCUGGUCGCGAUUAUGCUCGGUAUCUUCCGUAGUAUGUCGGAGAGCCACUAUCAGGCGUACGUAAGAAGCUUCCUUACGAGCUACGAUCUGUUAGACUUCCUGAUGGAGAUUUUGUUGGUUUUCAAGGAAUUGGUUUCAAAGCCGGUAUUUCCAGUGGAUUGGCUAGAUAUGAUCAUGCACCAGAAUACUGUGAUAUUGGAGAGUCUGAGGCACUUUGCCGGAAUUAUAAUGGAAUGGUUCUUCUCACCAUUCGAGAAGCAAGUCUGGUCGAACUAUUUCCAGUGCUCGAUUACCUUUCUUACUCAGCCUGCGUUGCAGCUUAAUUUAUUCAGCAGAACAAAACAAUCGAUGAUUUUGAGUAACUAUCGAGAUAUUCGUAGGGAGACAGCGUUCGAAAUAAGAAAAAUGUGGUUCAAUUUGGGAGAGCACAAGAUUAUUUUUGUACCCCAGUUGGUUGGUCCGAUCCUGGAGAUGAGCAUGAUUCCGGAGCUAGAGUUGCGAAAAGCUUCUAUUCCAAUAUUUUUUGACAUGAUGCAGUGUGAGUACUAUAGUUCAAAGUACGUGAUAGAGAGCUAUGGGGAUACGAAACGCAACACAAGUCAUAUAAAAGGAAAUUUCAACGACUUUGAAAAGGAAAUUAUUGAAAAGCUUGAUCAUUACAUUGAGGGUGGUUACGGAGAUGAAGAGUUUAAGAAUCUGUUUUAUGAAAUCAUGUACGAGUCAUGCAGCAAUCACAACACUCUCAAAUUGCCUGGAAUACAAUGUGUCAACGUGCUAACUCGUUUAAUGGAAAAGCUACUGGAAUAUCGCUGUCUUAUUCACGACGAAAGUAAGGAAAACCGGAUGGCGUGCACGGUUAGUUUGCUCCAGUUUUAUUCGGAGGUUAAUCGUAAGGAAAUGUACAUUCGAUACGUUAACAAACUGUGUGACCUUCACAUGGAGUUCGAUAACUUUACAGAAGCUGCUUAUACACUUAAGCUGCACAGUAACGAGUUAUACUGGGACGAUUCUCCACUGUCUGCCCUACUAAAAUCUAGCCGACAUUUAUCCUGUAGUACGCAUUGGACACUGAAGGAGAAACUCUAUCGGGAUAUUAUCGAUUUAUUUGAUCGUGGAAAAAUGUGGGAGUCAGCUAUUGAUAUGUGCAAAGAGCUGUCUCAGCAGUACGAGAAUGAAAUAUACGAUUAUUUGAGUCUUGCUGAACUAUACAAGAAGAUGUCGCAGUUUUACGAAAAGAUUCUACGCGAGAAGCGUUAUGAAUCCAACUACUACCGGGUGGCUUUCUACGGAUUUGGGUUUCCGCAGUUUUUACGCAAUCAGGAGUUCGUGUAUCGUGGCAACGAAUAUGAAGACGCUGGGUCGUUUAAUACGCGCAUUCUCAGUCAGCAUCCGCGAGCGGAACUGGUUCCGACCUUGAACCCUGGCCAGGAGAUUCGUCAGAGCGAAGGUCAGUUCAUUCAGAUUGUUAAGGUGGAUCCUGUCAGCCGUGAUAUUCGACUAGGAAGAGAUAAGAAAAAUAUUGCGUCCAAUAUUGUAAGGUUCUAUCAGUCGAACAAUGUGUGCGAAUUUCAGUUCUCCCGUCCAAUCCGGGAUUCGUGUGGGAUUGGCGAUGAUAUUGCUAACACUUCGUACGAGCGAACAAUACUGAGAACGACGGAUGCUCUGCCAGGGAUUUUAAGGUGGUUUCCGGUGAAAUCUUCUGAAACAGUGAUGUUGAAGAUUUCUCCUAUCGAGAUGGCCAUCGAGACAGUGGAAGCGAAAAAUCGAUGUAUUCGAGAGCUGGUGAUUGAGCAUCAAGCUGAUCCGAACAUUCCCAUCCACUCACUCAGUGCGAUCAUCAACGGUGUCGUGGAUGCAGCAGUUAACGGGGGUAUUCCGAUAUACGAAGAGGCAUUCCUUACACCGGAAUAUCUGAUAAGAUAUCCGGAUGAUGAUCAUCUGGUAGCACGAUUGAAAGAUUUGAUCGCCUCGCAGAUUCCUUUGCUCGAGGUGGCUAUUCUGGUGCACAAAAUGAAAACUCCAGCUAGCUUACUACCAUUCCACGAUCGUUUGGAAAAGUGUUUCGCCAGUAUUCAGACCAGCGUGGAGGAGAAGUAUGGUAAGCGACAAACGGAUAUUAAGAUUGAUCGUGAUAGCGAAGUGACGCUGAGGAGGCAGAUAUCGGCUCUGCCACAGGUUAGCAUCGAUUCUAGUCGGCUGUCGGAAACUAGUAUUGGAUCGUCGGAUAGUGGAAUUUCCAAAAGCCAAAACAGCCGUCCAACUACUACCAGUUCAGGCGGAUUCAAAUCGACGUUGACUAAUUUUGCUACGAACUUCAAUACUGUCAACCUAGGGAGCGACUUUUUCGAGUUCGAUCGGUUGAGCCUAUCCAGCGUCAAGCUAGGAACCAACUCCAGCAAGCUGAUAUCCAACAUCUCGACCAAGCUUGGCAGCAAACUUCGACAAACAUCUCUUGGAAGUUCUCCCGGUUCGAAGAGCAAGAAGGAUAAGACGUUGACGAAGCGAAGAUCAAGCCGAAAGGUGGAUCGCGACUCGUUGACUCUGCCUGUUUCGAACAGUUUGUUCUACACGUCACCCAUCACGUCAACGAGUGAGGUGGGAAGUAGUUGUAGUGAUCGAGAUAGUGCCAUUUUGCACAGUGGACCGGCCAGUGUUAGUACACCGAUCUGCUCAACGCCAACUGGGAGUAUAAGUGGCGCUAGUUCCUUACCAGUGGUGGAGUUAACUGAGGAGCUUCACUCUAAACGUCCACUUCGUUCGGAAGUAGAGAAAGAGAAGCGUCUUUCGCGACCGCCGAGUGUUGUAACGCCUACACUCAGCAUCAAAACGAUUACCGGUGGUAGUGUGGAUACUACUUCGCUUGGUUCUGCCGACAGUAGCAGCAAUCGCAAUUCGAUAAUAACCAAUGGAUCAACUACUUCAGAGGAAGAUCUUGUGCCACCACCACUGCCAAUGAAAACCCGUGACAGUGAUUACAGUAACAUUCCGUUAAAUGACAGCGCUCUCCACAGACGGCUAACAGGUGUCGGUAGUCAUUACGUUAGCUGUAAACCACUACCAGCUGUUCCGAAUGCCGGCGAAACUACCACCGUAAUUAUCAAUUCAUGCUACGAUAUGGUUGAAACACGGAACAACAAUGUGAUCGUAAUCGGAGCUUAUGAUGAGCGGAAAAGACCUCCGACUCCUCCGCCGAAACCAGCGAGAAAUUCCAAGACAUGAAAACAAAAUGGCACCCAAGAAAACUGAUAAUCAAAAUUGGUCAGUACAAAAAUAGACCCCAUUUGAAAAUUACGGGGUGCGGUAGUGAGAAUACGAUCGAUAGUUCCGGAGUCUAGGAUGCACGUAGAUAAAGCAUUUUAUACUGACGUGUAGUUAGAGUAAUUUUAAGUAUUGUCGUGUGAAACAAAGACUUUCUUAUUGUUAAAUCGUGGGAAAUCUGCUCCAUGCUAGGUCGACCAUUGCAAUUAUUGAGCAAAAAAAAACAUUGCAAAGCCAUUCAUUUAAUUUACGUUACGCAACUUCUAGCAGCAGGCAAAGCCACUGUAUUCAUAUCCAAUCGAUUUAUUGACGACAGUUAAUUAGAAUAAGGCGAAUUUCGAUCCAAAUUUUUCUGGAGGAUUUUCUACCUCCCUCGCAAUUCACAAAGAACCAAAGACGAUAAGACAAACACAGCUGUACAUUGAUUACCAUUAUUUUUGUCACGCGAAUAAGUUUAGGAAGAAUGUAGGUAGAAAAUAACAACGUGCGAGAGCAUCAGAACAAUAAAAACUGCAACAUGAGCUUGCGGGAACCAGUUUUCCUAUCUUUGGUAGGUUAUCGUGAUGCUAGGUUUGAAAUAGUAACAUUAUUUAUAGACAUUUUCUAUAGGAUUAGUUUUGUCACAUACACAGACAAAUUUUUACUUCCAUGCACAUACUUACGGUAGAUACGACCAAUAAAUAGACAAUUUAAACUAA